UAUAUUUUUUUUUACACGCGAAUUGCAUUGGACUUUUUUACGAAAACAUGAACCAUGAAAAUAUCAACACUUGAAAAAAAGGCUUUUAAAAUGGCUUUUGUUGAUAAUAAAACUAUAGAAACUUCUAAAGAAAUAGUCUCCAUUAAAUCUGUGUACCUUUUUUUAUGUGUUUUGUUUGGCAUAAUUGGUAAUUUGGUUGUCAUUAUUGCUAUACAUAAAUAUAAAAAACUGCAAACUGUACCAAACUACUUUGUCUUAAAUUUGGCAAUAACAGAUCUCCUUUUUGCUGCGUGCGGAAUUCCAACUAUCAUAAUUACUACUAUUGCAAAAAAGUGGUUACUAGAAAGUUUUGUUUGUGAUUUAGUAGGUUUCUUGAAUUCACUGUUUUGUACAACGUCGAUAUGGACUCUUGUUAUGAUUAGCAUUAACAUAUUUUUAAACGUUGCUAAAGCAAAUGAUAUUAAAAUACCUUAUACUAAGAAAAGAACAAAUAUAAUCAUCAUUAGCGUUUGGGUAUUUUCCGCUUUAACUUCAUUUCCACCUUUGAUUGGUUGGAGUAGGUUCAAAUCAGGCUCUAACUUUUGUAAUGUUGAUGUAAAAAAAUCAAAAGAAUACUCUUAUUUUCUCGGUGUUAUCGCUUAUGUAUUGCCUAUGGUGUUUUUAACUACUUUAUAUUUAUGCAUACUUAUUAUGUUAAACAAACAUGAAAAAACCAAGUUGAAAAGUAAUAUAAAUUCUAUUGAAUAUUCUGAGCAAUCGGAAAAUGUAUCGACGUUUGAGCAAGCACCUGAUUCAUCAGUUCCACAACAAGCACGAAACGAAACACUAAACGAUAAAAAAGUUACAAUUUACUUUUCUAAAUAUAAGAAUAAAGAAACCACUACGGCAGAUAGUAAAUUCCCUUUGAUUCAAAAUAGUUUUCUUGAAGCAGAAAAAAAAAAUAGAAAAGCGUCAAAUGGUUGUUAUUGCAAUAAAUUUAAAGCAAAUUCGAGUUACAAAAAUGCUAAUGAUUUUAGUGUUAAGCUUCUUUUUUUGUUGGACACCAUUUUUUGUUGCAGCAUUGUACCGCGUUUAUUACAAUAA